AUGCAGCCACUCCGCAUCGCCAGACUGGCUGGCAGGACCCAAACGUUCUGGAAGCCGAGUCUAAUUUCGAGUCCACUAUUACAACAACACCGAGCAUCAUCAUCGUCACCUGGUCCUGGCAAUUCCUGGGUCGGUCACAAGGGUCCCGGCGGGUUCGACCUGAGGAGCGAUGUCAUGACCACCCCAACUCCAUCCAUGCUGUCGGCAAUCCGGACGUGCUCUAUGCGCGAUGACGUCUUUCAGGAAGACACGACAACGUCGGAUCUCGAGGCGCACGUCGCCGGCCUCGCAGGCAAGGAGGCUGGCCUGUUCGUCCUCUCGGGCACGAUGGGCAACCAGCUCGCUCUGCGAAGCCACCUCAGGCAGCCUCCGCACGGGGUCUUGUGCGACGAGAACUCGCACAUCUUCCACUACGAAGCUGGAGGAGUGGCAUCCCUCUGCGGCGCCAUGCUGCAGGCCGUGACCCCCAAGAAUGGGAUGUACCUCACCCUGGAGGACGUUGCCGCCCGGGCCGUGCUGGACAACGACGUGCACUCGUGUCCCACGCGCGUCAUAAGCCUGGAGAACACGCUCAACGGCAUGGUCAUGCCCCUCUCCGAGACGCGCCGCAUCUCCGACUUCGCCCGCGCCCGCGGCAUAGCCAUGCACUGCGACGGCGCCCGCCUCUGGGAGGCCGUGGCCUCCGGUGCCGGGUCCCUGGCGGACUACUCGUCCCUCUUCGACACGCUGAGUCUGUGCAUGUCCAAGGGUCUCGGCGCCCCGGUAGGCAGCGUCCUCGUCGGCCCCGCCAAGACCAUAUCCCACUCCCGGUGGGUGCGCAAGUCCAUCGGCGGCGGUCUACGUCAGCCCGGCCUUCUCACGGCCGCCGGCCGCGUCGCCGUGGACGAGGCCGUCCAUCUACUACCGCUCGCCCACUCCCUGGCGCGAGACGUGGAAUCUAUCUGGACCUCGAGGGGCGGCCGGCUCAUCUACCCCGUCCAGACAAACAUGUGCUGGCUAGACCUGGACGCCGCACGCUGCCCCCCGGACCAUUUCGUCAAGUUAGGUGAGCGUUUCGGUCUGGCCCUCGGUCCCGGCCGUCUGGUGCUGAAUUAUCAGACUGCCCAGAAUGGCGAAGAGGUGCUGUCCAGGUUGGAGAGAGUAUUCGACGCAGUCUUUGAUACUGCAUCAACGUCAACGUCGACUGGCAAGCCUAUAAAGGCAGCGUGCGCAGUGUCAUGUCUGACAGACGACUUCGCGGGUGUAGAACUCGACGAGCAUCGUGGCGUAGGCUUCCAGGCCCUCGACGGGAACGGCAAGUCUAAAGUCAUUGAGGAUGAGGAACUGCAGCUCGAGAUGGUUGAGUUCGGCGAGGGGUAG